CACUCUGUCAAGCCUAGAAAAAGUUUGCCUUGCGAGCCGCCAUUUUGGUUUGACUACUACUCUGCGGAAAAUAUUUUUGUGGCCGGAUAAUGUAACUUUGCGUGGCCCUGGACGGCUGGUUCUGCUGCAGGAGCGUAGCAAGAGGCAUAAUCUGCAUAUACAAGUGCUAAAAAUGUGGUUCUAGGUGAGGGUAUCGGCGUGUUUAGUCGGGGAAGUGCAGCGCGGCGUUCAGUGAAGCCGCGGAGCUCCGUUGUGAAAUCCCACCCAGGAGAUGUCUGCCUCGCAAAGUGUUAAUUUCCCCGGCGAUCCGUGGCGGAGGCCCACCUAAAGUACCGCGAUGGACAUAUUGGUGUGUAAUGAUGCAGUAUGAGUGUGUCGGGGACGCUCACAGCCCGGGAAUAAGCGUAAAAGUGGCGUGUAGUGGAGGCGUUGGUCUUGUGCUAGGGAUCGCGUUGUAAACAAGGACGUCAUGGCGGAGCAGCCGCUAGGGAACGAGCCGCCCAACAAGCGGGCCAAGAUGGACGCCUUCCAGCCCCCGGACCCCACCGAUGACUUUGCUGCUAUGUUGGAGAAGGCUCUGCCAGACGACCUGAUAUGGUCAUCAGGGGACUCGCAAGGUGGUGGUGGCAGCGGUGGAGGUAGUGGUGGGGGCGGGGGCGGUGGUGGUGGGGGUGGCAGUGGGGGUGGUGGAGGCGGUGUUAAUGGAAUGAUGGAAAACAGCGGAGGAGGUGGUGGAGGUCCCGGGGACCGUCCACAACAGCUAACUCACCUCAUUCAGACCAAGACUCCACCCCAUUCCAUAGCUGGAACAAAUGCUAUGCCCACCGGACCCCACACCAUCGCCAACCAAAGCAAUAUGAUCGUGAAUGCAUUGACAAAUUCCAAAAGCCCCCACGGUGGACCAAUGCAGUCACCUCAGAACACAAACUUGGGUAUGAGUGGGGUACCAACAUCCAGCCAGCCACUAAGUAUGAAUGACUCUGUAAAUAACAUGAACAACAUGCCCAAUAGCAUAGCCAACUCUCUCGCCACCGUGUCUGGAACCAUGUCCAUGUCUAUGGCCUCGAGUGGUGCAGUCUCCUCUAUGAGCCUUGUUAAUACCAACACCUCCAUGGGCCACAACAGCAUGGCAAACAGUGGCAUGGCUGGGGGCAUGAACACAGUGACCAAUAUCAACACCAUGAACACUAUGAACUCUAUGAACAAAUCACAAGUGGUAACAACAAUGAACAUGACCGGGCCCAUGGCGACGCAGAUGAAUGAGGGGAUGCCCAAUGGACCCUUGUCUUCCCUCAAUAGAACACUGGUGCCACCCAACCUAAGAGGGCAGUCCACCCAGCCCAUUGGAGGCCCUCCUGGGAUGGGACCAAGACACCCAGGAAUGAGUCCUGGUCAGAUGGGGCCAAGGCUACAGGUAAGGCCAAAUCCUGGUGUUGGAGCUAUUGGGCAGCCAGCACUGUCUGGGAAUUAUAACUUUGGUGGUCCAGGUGUGAGCCAGGGAAUGGAUGGUAAUGUUGGUCAGGCAAACACCGGCAUGGGCCCAGCCCAGCGUCCCAUGGGUAUUGCGGGAAUGCCUCCCCGCUAUCCUAAUCAGGAAAUUAUGAACGUGAUGGGCUCCCUGCCCAGGGGUCCCCAACCAGGGCCAGGGCUCCCUGGGCCUGGGGCACAGGGUGUCCCUGGCGGCCCGCCUGUGGGACCUCCAGGCCCCAUGGGCAGCGGCCCUGGUGCACCGGGGCAGAUGGUGCCGGGGCAACCCAGACCAAACCCAGCUGAUCCAGAGAAAAGGAAGUUGAUCCAGCAGCAGCUAGUACUCCUCCUCCAUGCCCACAAGUGCCAGCGUCGCGAGAGUCAAGCCAACGGAGAGGUGAGGCAGUGUAAUUUGCCUCACUGCAAGACAAUGAAGAAUGUGUUAACUCACAUGACGACGUGUCAGGCUGGCAAGUCGUGCCCAGUCCCCCAUUGUGCGUCAUCAAGGCAGAUAAUAUCUCAUUGGAAAAACUGUACCAGACAAGACUGUCCCGUGUGUGAACCCUUGAAGCAGGCUGAUAAGAAACAGCCUGCAGCUGGUAAUGUGGCAGGACAGAUGCCAACAGUAUCCCAGCCAGGUCCCAGCCCUGGAGGUGUACCUGGCCCUAUUUCAGCACCACCUGGUCCCCAAGUUCCCCAAGGUCCACCCAGUGUUCCAGGGCAGGUCCCUCCUGGCCCACCAGGACAAGCUCCCGGCCCCAGGCCUGGAGGGGUUAAGAGGGUGUAUGAGGGUGACAUGCAGCCGGCCAUGUCUGGACCACCCGGACCAACAGACUCUAUAAUUAGAAACCUGAGGCCGCAGGUGCCUAAUGCCGGCGUUCCUGGAAUGCCCACCAGUGCCCAGCCUGGUGUACCAGGAAGUGUUUCCAACGCCACCACUGGAGUGCCCGGAGCACCGGGAGGCAUACCCGGACAAAUAGUGCGGACGGGUGUUCCAAACAAAGGCCCGGACGGAACUAUGAUGGGCUCCACCGUUCCUCCGAGUUUAAAUUCUCCAGGCAUGAUGGUAAGAGCACCUAAUGCAGGCUCGGGACCCAUGAACGCCAUUCACCCGCAGAUCCUCGGCAAGCCUCCCAAUGUUGGUAUCAAUCAAAACAAGCCUGUCGUAAGUACAAUGUCUCUACCUGAUUCUUGGCUAAGUUUGCCAAAUCAACCUGCACAGCUGCCUGGUGGGUUUGGGGCUGUUACUGCCAAGCCUGUAAAGGGGACCAAAGAGUGGCACCAAAGUAUAUCCAAUGAGUUGAGAAAUCAUCUCGUCCACAAAUUGGUACAAGCCAUCUUCCCCACACCAGACCCCCAUGCAAUGCUGGACAAGAGAAUGCAGAACCUUGUUGCCUAUGCCAGAAAAGUUGAAGGGGACAUGUUUGAAAUGGCAAACUCCCGGCCUGAAUAUUACCAUCUUUUGGCCGAGAAAAUAUAUAAGAUCCAAAAGGAACUGGAAGAGAAGCGCCUCCAAAGAAAACAAGCCCCACGAGAUGGAGCAGCACCACCUCCUGGCCCCACCGGUGCCCCCCAGUGUCCCACUGCUGGUGUGCCUCCAGGGCAGGUGGUAGCUGCAGGACAGAUCCUGACACCUACGACUUCUGGAACAUCGCCCAUUGGUAUUGUAGCCCGUCCUCCAGGCCCUCGGUUGGCGCAUCCAUCCGGGAGUCUGAUGUCUGCCACUCAUCCAAUGGCUAAUAAUCAAGUGUCUCAACCAACAUCUAUAUGCCAACCCAGCAAUCAGAUGAUGGGUGGCCCGCCUAUUAGUGGGCCCAUCACCACAACUCCCACCACAAGUAACAGUACUUCGGGUCAAUUCCCUGUCAGUGUUUCUCAGAAUGAUAUAAUGUCGGGGUCCAGGCCCAGUAUCCCCCCUCCUCCGUACAGCACUCCCAGUGAUUCUGCCGUCAUGAACCAGAUGGCCAGCCGAACAUCUCCUGCUAUUCCUGUCUCAUCGGUUACUGCCACAUUGGGUAUUUCUAGCCUUGCAUCUCAACCUACUUCAUGUUCUAUGACCAUUACAUCAAGUGGGGAAAAUUCCUUCCCACCCACUUCCCAACCAGGCAUGAUAACAACUAAUGCCAAUAGUGAGAAUACAGUGAUGCCAACAUCAAUUCACACUAAAGAUAAUGCCUUAGGCAAUCAAUCCACUCCCUCAGAGAUGACUGAUGACAAGUCAGACAUCAAGCCUUGCAAGAUCCAGGUGAAAACUGAAAUGCCAGAAAUAAAAAGUGAACCAGAAGAGUGUGAUGGAAAGGAGAUUAAAACUGAACCCAAACCAGAACCAAUGGAUCAUAGUACAACAGAUGAGGCUCCUGUGAAGCAAGAACCCUUCAUCAAGGAAGAACCCAAGAGUCCAGCAGCAAGAACCCCAAGUGAGUCCAGCAACUCCAAUGAGGGAGGCAACAGCAAGGGAGACAAACCAGCCACCACCUCAAUAGCUCCCAGAAGACCCGCUCCAACCCCACCCAAGCCUGCGCCUGUUGCCGGUCCACCCCCCAAGGAUCGCCCGCCACUCUUCAAGCCAGAUGAACUAAGGCAGCAUUUGGUUCCCACCCUAGAAAAGCUGUACCGGCAAGAUCCUGAGUCCAUACCUUUCCGUCAGCCUGUUGACCCCCAGGCUCUCGGUAUUCCAGAUUAUUUCGACAUAAUCAAGAAACCAAUGGACUUGUCUACAAUAAAACGCAAGCUGGAUACAGGCCAAUACACCGACCCUUGGGAUUAUGUGGAUGAUGUUUGGCUGAUGUUUGACAACGCCUGGAUCUACAACAGAAAAACAUCCCGUGUCUACAGAUAUUGCACAAAACUUGCCGAGGUCUUUGAAGCAGAGAUUGACCCCGUGAUGCAGCAGCUGGGUUAUUGCUGCGGCCGCAAGUACACAUUCAACCCCCAAGUCCUUUGUUGUUAUGGCAAGCAGCUUUGUACUAUCCCCCGUGAUGCCAAAUAUUUCAGCUAUCAGAACAGAUAUACAUAUUGCUAUAGAUGCUUCAAUGACAUCCAAGGAGAUAGCAUCACCUUGGGAGACGACCCGUCACAGCCAGCGCUGAUGAUCAAGAAAUCCCAGUUUACGGAAAUGAAAAAUGAUGCCCUUGAUCUGGAACCUCUCGUAGAGUGCCUUGACUGUGGCCGGAAACAGCACCAGAUUUGUGUCUUGUACAUGGAGAGCAUCUGGCCUCAAGGUUUUGUCUGUGAUGGUUGUCUGAAGAAGAAGAAUCAGACACGUAAAGAAAACAAGUUUACGGCCAAGAAGCUUCCGACAACAAAGCUGAGUAAUUUUUUGGAAACAAGAGUCAACAAUUUCCUGAAGAAAAAAGAGGCUGGUGCUGGAGAGGUCUACAUCAGGGUUGUAUCAUCAACUGACAAGAUGGUGGAGGUCAAAGGAGGAAUGAAAACUAGGUUUGUCGAUACAGGACAACUGUCGCCAGAAUUCCCGUACCGUGCCAAAGCUCUCUUUGCCUAUGAAGAUAUUGAUGGGCAUGAUGUCUGCUUCUUUGGCAUGCAUGUGCAAGAGUACGGGUCUGACAGCCCCAUACCAAAUACCAGAAGGGUGUACUUAGCAUACCUAGACAGUGUUCACUUCUUCAAGCCAAGACAGUACAGGACUGCUGUCUACCAUGAGAUUCUGUUGGGUUACCUGGAUUAUGUUAAGCAGUUGGGGUACACUAUGGCACAUAUCUGGGCGUGUCCACCCUCAGAGGGAGAUGACUACAUUUUCCACUGCCAUCCUAGUGACCAAAAGAUCCCCAAACCAAAGCGCCUGCAAGAAUGGUACAAGAAAAUGUUAGAUAAAGGAAUAAUAGAGAGAAUAGUUCUUGAUUACAAAGAUAUUCAUAAGCAAGCCUUUGAGGACAACAUGAAAUCUCCUGCUGAGUUACCAUAUUUUGAAGGGGACUUCUGGCCCAAUGUGAUGGAAGAGAGUAUAAAAGAACUUGACCAAGAAGAAGAAGAGAAACGAAAGCAAGAAGAAGCAGCGGCAGCAGAAGCUGCAGCACAGGCAGCCAUGGGGCAGGAGGAGGAGGAGGAAACCAGCCAAGACGGUAAAAAGAAGGGUCAAAAGAAACACAAAAAUAAGAAUAAAAAUAAAAGUCAACAGAAGAAUAAGUCCAAGAGCAAAAGUAAUGCAGCUGGCUGCAAUGACCUUGCUCAGAAAAUUUUUGCUACAAUGGAGAAACACAAGGAUGUAUUCUUUGUCAUAAGAUUGCAUAGUGCACAAUCAGCUGUUAGUUUGCCUCCAAUUCAGGAUCCUGACCCUAUCAUGGUGUGUGAUCUCAUGGAUGGUAGAGAUGCUUUCCUAACGUUGGCUAGUGAACGGCAUUUAGAGUUCUCCUCAUUACGUCGUGCUAAGUACUCCACGAUGGUCAUGAUGUAUGAGCUUCAUAACCAGGGCCAGGACCGCUUUGUAUAUACUUGUAACCACUGCAAGGCUCACGUGGAGACUCGCUACCACUGCCAAGAGUGUGAUGACUUUGACCUCUGUACUUCUUGCUUCAAGGCAGAAGGCCAUAACCACAAAAUGAUAAAGCUGGGGUUGGAUCUGGAGGAUGGGUCAGUUUCCACAGAAAACAAAAAUCUCAAUCCUCAAGAAGCACGCAAACAGUCCAUACAGAGAUGUAUUCAAUCUUUGGUUCAUGCUUCUCAGUGCAGAGAUGCAAACUGCAGGCUUCCUUCUUGCCAGAAGAUGAAAAGGGUUUUGGCACAUACCAAGUCAUGCAAAAAGAAGAAUAAUGGAGGCUGUGCAAUAUGUAAGCAGCUCAUUGCUCUCUGUUGUUACCAUGCUAGAAACUGUAAAGAACAGAGGUGUGUUGUACCUUAUUGCUUCAACAUAAAGCAGAAACUACGGCAACAAGAAAUGCAACAGAGAUUCCAACAGCAGCAGUUGAUGAAGAGAAGAAUGCAGCAGAUGAAUGCCGCCCGAAUGGUUGGCGGGGCAGCUAAUCCGUCGUUGCCUCAGCCAACUGCUCCAGUCCCUCCAGCCGUGCCGAGUCCCAUUCACAACACUCAGCCAGGAAUCAAGCCAACAACACAAGCACCACCACCACCAAAUGUUAUGAAGGCUAUUGCACAGGUACAAGAAGAAGCUGCACGUCAGACCGGGACAGGCACUGCCGUCAGCUAUGGGAAAGGUAAUCCUGGCAAUGCUGUGGUGAGUCAGCCCAGCAUGAUGCCACCCCCCAUAGCUCCCCAGCAGCAAGUACGGCCGCAGAUGCCCACGAACGCCCUCUCACCACUGGGCGCCAUGGGACCUCAGGUUUCACAGAUGAACCCCAUGGGAAAACCCAAUGCUGUGAUGCAGCAGCAACAGCAACAGCAACCUCAACAGCAGCAGCAGAACAGAGUUCUACCUGGAAUGGAACAGUUAUGGAACAGGUACCCCAACCCUGGCCCUGGUAGCAUAAUUGGGCAGCAGCAGCAGGGUCAAGGUGGUGGCAUUAGACCAGGGAUGAUGGCACAACCCAACCCCAUGAAUCAGCCAGGAGGACCGCCAGGCCCAGCGUCAGUCAUGGGACCGCCAGGCCAGCCGGGGCAACCUGGCCAGCCAGGUCAGCCCGGUGGUCAGCCUCAGAGAAAUGCAACCCAGGCAUUGCAGCAGCUCUUACAGACUUUGAAGAACCCCUCAGGCCCACAUCAACAAUCUGAGGUUUUACAGAUACUCAAAACUCAUCCUCAGCUCAUGGCAGCUUUUAUAAGGCAUCGACAAAUUCAGCAACAAAGUCAGCAGCAGCAACAGCAGCAGCAGCAACAGCAACAGCAGCAGCAGCAGCAACAACAGCAACAGCAGCAGCAACCACAACAGCAACAGCAACAGCAGCAGCAGCAACAGCAACAACAACAGCAGCAACAACAGCAGCAGCAGCAACAGCAGCAAAAUCCACAGGGUGCUGGUCAGCCAGGGAUGAUACCCCAAAACACCAGUGGAAUGCAAGUACCUGUUCAAGGCUCCCUUCAGCCAGGUAUGCAGCCUGGUGGCAUGCAGCCUCCCAUCCAAGGGAACAUGCAGACCAGCAUGCAAGGUGGGAUAGUCACACAAAUGGCUACCAGUCAACCCAUGCAGGUGCAGCAGCCACCAAUGGGGGUACCGCCAGGUCAGGCAAGCAUGGCUCACCAGCAGCAGCAAUGGUACCAGCAGCAAAAACUCAUGCAGAUGAGACAACAACAGCAGCAACAGCAACAGCAGUCACAACCAGGGGGCUUCCAGCAACCUCAGGCACCGAUGUACACACCCAGACGACAAAUGAACUUCCCUCAGCAGCAUAACUUCCAGGGUGGCGAUGGGCAGUUUGGGCAAGGUUUCCCUCAACAGCAGCAGCAGCAGCAAAUGCUCAUGCAGCAGCAACAAAUGAAACCUGUUCCACCGUCAAUGUCUCCUGGAAUGAUGCCACCGGUGUCAGCCAUGACCAGCCCGUCCCCGCAGCAGCUGAUGCAGACUGUUACGUCUCCCCCACCAAACAAUCUCCCCCAAACGGUACGGUCACCACAGCCUAACCCUUCACCUCGUAACCACGGGCCCAUCCCAUCCCCACGUGCGGGACCAGUACCCUCGCCACACCAUCCAGCUCCAGUGCAUUCUCCACACCCGGCUGGCCAGCAAGGGCCAACGAUGGGAGGUGGGGGUGGAGAUGCCAUGUUGCUCCCCCAGCUAGGGCCAGGGAAUGGCCAUCAGCCUCACCAAGGGUUACCUCCUCUACAACCGGCCAAUAACCAACAGAUGGGUGGUAUGGUGGCCACCUCGGAAGCAGAAGUCACACCACAAGACCAACUCUCUAAAUUUGUGGAGACAUUAUAGUACCAGUGUGCUACUUAGCCCUUGUAGAUAGUACCUUGUAAAUAUUUUGUAUGUAAGUCAUGGAUUCUCAUACACACUACAAAAUGUGAUUGUUAUUUUUGCAGUACUUUAUAGCUGCAAACAGCAAAGAUAUUAUGCUUCCUUGAAGCAAACCUCGUGAGUAUAAUGGAGACCCUGAGCAAAAACACUCAAGCCAAUUCUCAAAAAGACAAGUGACAUGCUGAACAUAGAAUAUAUCUAGGGUUAUGACAUAUUGAAAAGGAAUGAAAAUUUUUAAUUGAGAAUUUUCUUACAGUAACUUUGUACAAUUUUGCAUUAGUCAUUACUUUUGGGCAGUUGCUGUCUUGGUUAUUAUUUGAAAAAGUUCAAAUAGGUCUUUGCCAAGGUUAUUAGCUAGAUAUGUUGGUGCAUUCUAGCUUGCUGAAGUACUAGAACAGGAAGAAUAGGGGGAAAUGUGCCUGUACAUUACUGCGAAACAAGUGAGGGAAGUAUAUAAAUGUAAAGAUUUUGUUAUUCCUGUGCCCUGACAACCUUGACAGUCACAGACUACAGUUCAGGCAUGACCUCAGCAGUAAACUCUUCAUUUUGACAUUCCCUGUAAUUAAACACCCUUUCCCUUGGAAGGGUUGCUGUUCUUUGCUAGUGCUGUUGGUUAGACGGUUGAGGGGGAACGGGUAACAGGAAAAGUGUUCACAUGCAGCGGACCCAAAGGAUUGCUGCUGCUGCUGCUGCCACCAUCACCAGUCUGGACAACUGGCAUCCAUUGCCUGCUGCUCGCCCAUACUGUGCCUAUGGGACAAAGUCUGUAUGGGCAGCAAGGAGAAGAGUACACGUGUAGAUGAGGGGAGUUGCAGCCAGUUUUCCUCCAGUCUUAAUGCCUCUCACCCACCUGUCCUCUUAAUGACUUUAAUUUAUUUCUCUGAAGAUUUGAUAAUUUUGUUUUGAACAUUUUCCAACGCUCAACGUGAUGUAUGUAUGUAAAUUGUUGAUUGUAUUGUCUAACAACACCUGCUCAUUGGGAGUCCCCGUUUUUGUCCUGUAUAAUUGUAUUUUAAUGGGCAUAAGAAAUUUUUUAACUGUCUGGUCCUCCCCACUUUGUUAUGUUUAACGUUGACCAAUGAGGAAGUGUUGAACAGAGAAUUUGAUUAUUUUAUAAUAAAUAUAUGAUGAAUUACAAGAUUUCA